AUUCGAUUCGUUUACAACCGUAUGCACGAUGCUAGAGUUCUGAUGGGGGAUGCGAGAUGGUGGGAUUUGAUACCGGACUUUCUCAUUCUCACAGUUUUCUGGCACACCAAUUUUAUACUCCCUCCGGUCCUAAAUAAACUUCACACUUUUCAUUUUUGGUAGGUCCAAAAUAAACUUCACACUUCUUCUCUUUUCCUUAUUUGACAAAUUAUUUACAUCAAAACAGUGCAAAACAGUGUCAAACAGUGUCAAACAGUGCCAAACAGUAUAGUGUACUCUACAGUAAAGUCAAAUUUAUUUCCUUAAUUUGUGUGAAUUGUUACCGGUAAGAUGCUUGGUUUUGAGAGAACAUGUCGAUGAAUGAGGCGGUGUUUAUGGUCGUCUCUCAGGUGGGGUAGCCGUCGACAAGAUCCAGCGACGAUGCAAGAGGUCUCGAUACUCAUCCGCCACCGUUGUGAUCGGUUUCGGAGACUGGGUUUACAAACAUGGGAUUCAUGUGCUGAGUUCUGGGAUUCGGAACACUUUUUUGUGCGUUGCAGGAGGACGGCUGAAGGAUUUGGAGCUGCAUACUGCUAUUGUUUAUGAUGCUCGAGCUAGGGAGCGAGUAGCAUAUCUAAACCGGAUCCUUGGGAGGCUUAUGCAAAGAGAGCAUGUGAGAGUUGAAUCAAAGAUGAUGGAAGAUGUUUUGGUGUCAUCAAUUGAGAUCCUUGAGAUGCUGGCUGGGAAGUGGGAUGCCACAAAAACUAGCACGGAUGCAAAAGCUCCAAUGGACAUGGCUGAUCUGGAGUCAAAAGGAAGUAUGAGUUAUGUUUUUGUUGGUGUCACAGGCAAGGGCACGGUAAGGGAAGGAGACUCGGUGAGUAAGGAGGCCCAGGGUGACCAAAAGCCUAGAGGCUUUGGGAGGAGCAGGAACAGGUGGAUUCAAGUGGGGAUAGCAUGACUCUUACCAAAGCAAAAAACGGGGAGGUGACGGGUCUAGAACUCCAGACCCGUCAGGAUUUCUGAAGCAAACUUGUUGGUUUGGAGCAUAGAAGGUCCUCGUGUUCUUGAGGACGGAGCAUAAGUUUAAUUUUAUUGUUCUUAUUGUUGUUAUUUUAAUUGAUCAGCUUGUUUACAUUUUUCGUUUUUGUAACUCUUUCAUUAGGAUUGGGUGAUGGGAGGUCUGCUUUGAUGUCUUUGGCUCAUUUAUGCCUAUUAAAUUAUAGAAUCAACGAAUCAUAUUGCUUUUUUAAAUGUGG